ACAUAUUUACAUUUCAUUUCAUUCCAAGUCUGGCAAUGCUUGUCUUAAAUCUUUGUAUUUCUGAGAUGGUUUUUGAAUCAUUUUAGACAGACCAGGGAUGAACUCCGAGCGAGCUCCUCUUGAUGUUGGUUUUUGUUCCAACCAUUCUUUUAAGGUUACUGAAAAUAUGGGCAACGGACCAUGUUGGGGUUGCAGCCCUGUUUUGAUUAAUGCCUUUUAAUGCAGCAUCCACCCCAAUGUCACGUAAAUGUAAUAACAAUUUUGCACCGAUGUCCGGCAAAAAAAUUCGAAACCACCAGUUGCCCACAUGCAAUUGUGUAAUUGAUUGUGUUUUCAACCAAUGGAAAAACUGUCUCUGGUCUUAAAUUGUAAAGUCGGGUAUGGCUCUUCUUCAGUGGACCGCAGUGUGUAACAGGAAGUGAAACCAGUGAUUCUACGGGUGCACAUGAAGGAAAUUACCCAAUGGCAGCAGUUGCGGUAACAAAAGGGCGGGUGUCAAAAGUAGCGCUGGGUAGGCAUGUUAAAGCGGUAAAAACAAGAAGAGGAUCUGGCGUGGACCGGGUAGUUCGUUGCUGGGAUACAGAAAGGCACCAGUAUUUGGUUCUCUGGAGAAAACGGAUUUCAGAGGCGCUGGAAGCGGCAGAGAGAGAGAGAGUGAGAGAGAGACCUCACAGCUGCACUGUGAGAGACUUUGGUGCUGUGAGUGAGACCCCACGUCAGGGCCCCCUCACCUCCACCCCCGUGACCCCAUGUAUCCCGAAUCCACCGCUGACUCGCCUGCUCGCCUCUCGCUCCGCCAGACUGGCUCCCCCGGCAUGAUCUACAGAUCCCCGAGCCGGGCGUGGGCGUGAGAAAGAGCAGCAGCGCGGGUAGCAGGAUGUUGUCCAUGUCGUAUAGCGAGAGCAUCCGGAGCGGGAUCAACCGCUACCACUCGGACCAGGGCCUGAGUGGGCCGCGCCCCCCCGACCAGGCCCAGCUCCAGCGCCAGCGCGAGCAGCGGGCCGCCGCCCAGGUGCGCAACAUGGAGGACUUCCUCAGAAUGAACUGUCUGGUGCUGGAGGAUUGCGUCUCCUACCAGACCGGUAUGAAGUACAGAAACCUCGGGAAAUCUGGGCUGAGGGUAUCAUGUCUCGGACUGGGGACGUGGGUGACCUUCGGUGGGCAGAUCACAGACGAGAUGGCGGAGCAGUUGUUGACUCUGGCCUAUGAGAACGGGAUCAAUCUGUUUGACACGGCCGAGGUCUACGCGGCAGGGAAAGCAGAGGUGGUGCUGGGAAAUGUCAUAAAGAAGAAAGGAUGGAGGCGUUCCAGUCUGGUGAUCACAACUAAGAUUUUCUGGGGUGGAAAAGCAGAGACAGAAAGAGGACUGUCCAGGAAGCAUAUCAUAGAAGGUCUCAAGGCCUCACUGGAGAGACUACAGUUGGAGUACGUGGACGUGGUCUUUGCCAACCGACCGGACCCCAACACGCCCAUGGAAGAGACGGUGCGGGCGAUGACACACGUGAUCAAUCAGGGAAUGGCCAUGUACUGGGGGACGUCUCGCUGGAGCCCCAUGGAGAUCAUGGAGGCGUACUCGGUGGCGCGGCAGUUCAACCAGAUCCCCCCGAUCUGCGAGCAGGCCGAGUACCACAUGUUCCAGAGGGAGAAGGUGGAGGUGCAGCUGCCCGAGCUCUUCCACAAGAUCGGUGUGGGUGCCAUGACGUGGUCCCCGCUGGCCUGCGGGAUCAUCUCAGGGAAAUACGACAGCGGCGUGCCGCCCUACUCCCGCGCCUCUCUGAAGGGCUACCAGUGGUUGAAGGAUAAGAUUCUGAGCGAGGAGGGACGCCGCCAGCAGGCGAAGCUGAAAGAGCUGCAGGUGAUCGCGGAGCGGCUGGGCUGCACCCUGCCGCAGCUGGCCAUCGCAUGGUGUCUGCGGAACGAGGGGGUGAGCUCUGUACUGCUGGGGGCUUCCAACACUGACCAGCUGAUGGAGAACAUAGGAGCCAUACAGGUCCUUCCCAAGCUGUCGUCCUCCAUCGUGCACGAGGUGGACAGCAUCCUGGGGAACAAGCCCUACAGUAAAAAGGACUACCGGGCCUAACGAGGGGCCUAACGCGGGGCCUAACGCGGGGCCUAACGCGGGGCCCUCCAGGGACCGGGAUCCGGGGCCGGUCGCUACCGGGGUUUGUGCCUGCCGUAAAGUUUGCUUGAGCUUUUAUUUAUUUUAUUUUUUACGAAUAGAAACUGGCACAUGGGGCGAGCGGAGGCUCAGUGCUAUAGGGAGAGGUGGGGGGGGGGGGGAUCCCCAGAGGUCCGGGAGAAGGGCAGGUGGUGGGGCGGGGGGAGAGUAGAGGGAUCUUGUGCACGAGUACUUAAAUCGGCAGUUCGUUUUUAAAACGAGAAGAAAAAAUAUACUAAAAAGCUAAACAAAAAACAAAAAAAGCACACGCUUGCUUGCCCGUUGAAAUAUUCUUGUUUUAUUUCUUUAGUGUUUUUUUUAUACUGAAUGCAUAUAAACAGAAGUAUUAUCGGUAUGAGCGUUUGAUAUGAUCUGUUGCACUUGCACCAUUGUAACUUGCUCAGUUAGGUUUGGUUCGUUGGCGGCCACAAAGGUGUGGGUGGCGUUUUCUCGAUUGGCGGUUCCUCGUGUCUGUCGGUGAAUUGGGGAAACGGCCUCCUGCGUUAGCCUGCGUCCAUCCUGAAGGCCCUUUCGCCAAUUCAAAUAAAUACCAUGUGACCAAAGUUAGCUUUCCUUCCAUUGAACUGGUCUGCGCUGAGCUGUGCUGAGAUGUAUUGAGCUGAAGACGCACUGACUGCUAAAGCCAGAGAUAAUGUUAGCGCAACUCAGUGCUGAGAUGGGUCACAAACAUUCUUCAUGCUACCAAAUAUGGUCCUGGCCUGGAUAGACGUGGUCCUCUUACAGGUUUUGGUCACAGGGUUGGUUUUAACUGGCUAUACCAGAGCACGCCACAGGUUUAGCUGUUGGACCUGGUUCUGUUAUGAGUUCACCUGGUUUGACCUGGUCCUCUUAUGGGUUCACCUGUUGAGUCUGGUUAAUUUUUAUCAGUGUUCAUCGAAGUAGCCUACUGGGUGAGACUCCAGGUGUUUAACAUGCCACGCUGUUGGAGUCUGAAUAUACCACAUGUACAUUCUGGCCAAUAGGAGCACUACUUCUUGUCAGAAGCUCAGGGAUUGGAGCAUAGUUGCGUGCGCGUGUGGCUUAAGGAAGCCGUUUCCCUACCGUACAGAGUGACGUGUCACCUGGCUCAAGCCAAAGACUCCGACAUCUGUGUGUUCCUGGCGUCCGAAUGGAACCAUUCACUUAUUCAUUUACACCAUGUCCAAUCUGAUCCAUCCUUUCUAUAUAUAUAUAUAUGUAUUAUAAUGUGCAUUAUAUAUGUGUAUAUAUUGACACAGAUAUUGUACACAAGAUAUACAUAUAAAUGCAAAUAUGUACUGCAGCUCAUUCUUCUUUCUGUGAAGUUCAUUUAUUUUUUUAAGGUCCUUCAGGGUUGUCUUCAUUUUUUCUCUUAGAGACUGGAGCAUCUGUCUUACUGUAUGAUGUGGUGUGUGUAUAUACAGAGAGAGAGAUGUAAAUGUACUGUAUAUAGACAAUGUAUAUCUCCACAUGUGCAACACACAUUCAUCCAGUUCAUUCCAUGGAUCUUGCUCAUCAUCCAGCCAUUUAACCAAAGGAAGUGUGUGUGUGUGUGUUCUUCAAGGGGGGGUCAAACAAGUCGUACAUCACAUAAAUACAGGAAUACGCACAAUUGCAGCACACUACAAUUCAGUAUACUCCUGCACUCACACACACACAUGCUAUAUCACAUAAAUGCAAGAAUUCUCUCACACACACACGCUGUAUCGCAUAAAUGCCAGAAUACACACACUCACACUCACAGACAUUCCGGUUUGCAUUCAUCCAGGCAGACAUACCUUCGUACGGUUUCCGGAUUUCAGAAAUGAGCUGGGAUGUAAAAACUUGAUAGUGGAUGGGAAGGUUUCAAUACACAAACUAACUCUUCAGCAAAAGAGAUUCAAACUGAUAAAACACAAGACUUCAGUGUUCCAUGAGUAUUCACUUCAGCAUUCCUGCAUUUUCCAUUUCAUAUAAGAAUAUUGCACUGAUUUAACAGGCCUUAAUGAAAAAGUGUGACUGUCCGAACUUUGACCUUAGUUCAGUUUAGUCCAGUUGAAUGAUAAUGUUGCUUACUGUUCUUUCUUCCUAGAGUAAUGCAGAUUCAGUUGAAAGAUAUUUAACAUGGCUCUGGCCUCAUGGUUAUGAGAGUAUUAUUGUACUGAACUGUUUUGACCAAUGAUGUUAGGCUGCAUUUAUUAGCUGUAGGAGAAUAUAGGAAAUUAGCAUAAUCUAGUUAUGUUAUUGAGGUCUUUUUUUCUUCUAUCAUAUUUGUAUUUGAUCAUAUCAGAAGGAAGGUGGGAGGGGGAGGGGGUUGAAAGUGUGUCAGUAUUCAUGUCAGGCACUUAAAGCACCAUGUUGUUCUCGUCAUGUGGACAGGGAGGUAGGAGAUGAAAUGGAGUGGGAGAGAUAGAGAGAUUCCAUGUCUCACAUUCUAUCCAGUAGCUGCUGUACCCAUGUUCAGUAAUAUUGUUCCCUGUCUGGUCUCUGUUUCCCCCAUGUGGCCACUGUGGGUAGUGCAGUACAACAGCCAAGGUGUAAAAGUCUACCCUGUGGUACUGAAUGCUGAAUACCUGUAUUAACAAAUCUGCACAACUGAUCCAAACCCCAGUUGAAUUUGUCUGUGGCCUCUGGCUCCCCCUACUGGCCAAAGAGAACAGCGCCGUUAAAUGCAUCCCAGCUGCAUGUCCACCUGGAAGCUCUUUACUCUGUACAUAUUUAAACGUCAGUUUAAAACAAACACAAAAACAAAAACCAACCUUCUGUUUAAAAAAAUUUAAAAGUUUUCUUAAAAAAAGUUGUGAUAAUCUGCCGCAUGUUUGCCGAAAUAACUUUUGAGGCCAACGCCUUUUCAUGAAGAUUUAACCGGGUGUUUCCACCAUCAGUCUAUGCAUGAGGAUUCCAUCACAAUAAGCACUUUCAGUUUCUGUACUUUGUGCUGCACUGUGAGAAUAUAACAGUACAGAACAGUCACACAAUGCGCAGAGAUCCAUAAUAUGUGUUGUUUCUGUCAUGUUAUUGUUCUUCCCCCUCCAUGUUUGCAUGUGACCUUAGACCGUAUGUGUGCAGUGUGAGUCCCGUCCCCCUCCCUGUGUUUGAAUAGUCCUUACAGCACAUUGGCGCAGGUCAGCAGGCAGGGAAGCUGAAGGUGUGACCUGUAGCUGGUGUGCUCGGCUAACACUAAACCUGCCCGAGAUGGGUGCAUAAAUCCCAGUGUCCCAUCCCAGUGCUUGGUACACACAUGCAUGUGUGCACGUGUGUGUGUGUGUGUCAGACGUGGGUCAGACGUUUAAAGCUUUUCAGCCGUGUUGAAACGUUUCGCUGAGAAGCCGCACGGGUCUUUGCGUUUUCCGCCUGAAUCUCAGUCCUCCUCUGUUUCCCCUCUGUUUUUACAUAUAUAUUUUUGAGGGCCUCUUGUCAGUGUGCAGAAAUGUCUGAAGGGGUGUGUGUUGAGUGCUGGAUGUGCUCAGUCUGAGCACUGAAGUGCACCUCACAGCACAGUCCCACAUUGCAGUCAGGCAGCUGCGGCUGAACCCUUGAGAAAUCCGAGUUAAAAACAGAAAAUGGCUGCCGCUCCCCCGCUCCCCCUGUCAGCAUGUUCAGUUUGUCUUUGCUUUAAUGCGGAUGAAUACACCCCCCCAAAUGACUUCUUUCAUCGCGGGGUUUUCGGUUGGCUGAGUGCAUAGUGUUAAAUGUGACCUUGGCAUUAAAAGGCAUCUACUCUCUCACGGUCGGUAGCUAACGGCUGUGACUGGUACUGGUCUGAGGUGUUUUCGCACUGUGACUUGGCUUGCACGGGGACUGGACGUUCUGCGUUGUGUGAGGCCAAUAAAUGAACCAAUCAGACCUUGGCUGUAGACGAGCAAAAUCGUAGGCAAUAGAGUUUUUAUAGUUUUAUUUUGGUAACAUGCUGCAUUUUAUUCUGUUUGUAAUAAGGUGAUGAUGACUGAAGGAAAUGAUCUGUAUUGUACAUGCCUUCAGACUAAUUCUUCUCUUAAAAUGCUUAGCACUGCUGGAUACACAUUUCACUCUUUCUAGGUACCUGAUGGAGUGUCACAACAGCUUCUGAAUGUACAUAGUUUGAUCUUUGUAUAUAAUAACGGCUGUGAUCACUUCUGCCCGUUUAAUUUUUAAGACUUUAAGACUUUUAUUUCCAUUGGCAGGCACUGCUUAACUGCAUUCUGCUUGAAUCUGAGCAUACGACAUAUGUACAGCUUCUGUAUUUAUGACAUGAAAAUUAAAGUUAUGAAGAAGUGACAAUUAA